AUGCCAGAGACUGAAAUUCUCGGGAAGAAGAGGCAUGCCACUUUGCUCAAGAAAGCACAAGAAUUAUCUAUUCUAUGUGAUGCAGAGGUCGCAGUCAUCGCUUUCACAAGCGACGGAAAGCUUCAUGAGUACUCUAGCAAGAGAGUGGAACACACUCUCUCAAGAUACAAGAACUAUACGGGACGACGAACCAAGAUGGAACCUGAUCAUCAGCUAGAGGAGCGCCGCCGCGGAACUGUUUCAAACGAGGAACACCCAAAAUCAAGUGACGAAGUUCUUCAUGCACUCAAGGGACAACAUGCAGCGCUGAAAUUAGACAAACUACGAAGAACGGGAAAGGCUUUGGAUGGCUUGAGUAGGGAAGAGCUGUAUGCACUAGAGCAAGAACAAAAAGGGGCGUUAGUAUCUGUCCUGAAAAAGAAAGAGGAACUACUUGUGCGCUUGUUGGAAAAGAAAGAGGAACUACUUGUGCGGUCUAAGGAGCGUGAACAUCAAGCCAUUCAAGAGAAGGAGAUUUUGAUGAGAAGGGGUUUUGAGGAGAGGACGAAGGAGAUACCCUGUCUUCAACUGUUCCCAGAGAACAGUACGGGUUUGUGCACAAGCUCGAAAGCUGUUGCGCUUUCGAGUUCUCCAGCGCAGGAUAUGGACAUUGAUAUUUUGCGCCUUAGGCUUUAG